AUGCACGAAGGGGGCUCCGUUUUUGCUGCUAAUGAGUGGCCCAAGGCGGAAGCCUGCGACAACGGCCGCUCCCCUGCUUAUAGGACGCUGCCGGGAGCGAUUGUCGAGAAUGAACAAGAUACGGUCCUCGACGUCGACAACCAGGCCGACCAAGACAGAGCUGACGCGGGUACGUAUUUGAACGCAUUGGCGAAGGCCCCGGCCUCGGGUCUAAAGAUUUCGCCAUUUCGGCGUUGGAUUGGGCGCUGCGGCACUAAGAUCGAGUCCCAAGCUAGUUGUAGAUUGUAUCGGCUUUCAUCAAAGGUGAUGAAGAUCGACACUGCUGGAUUUACAAGUCGGCGGGCCAGUAUGAUGGCCCCACUCGAGAAACCGAGCAUGUUUGAACUAAGAGAAGCAGUCUCAUACUGCGCACGUUGCAGCUAG